UAACGAUUAAACGUGUCUGUAAAUAUGACUAUAAAACACGUACGGAGAACAGUAAAAAAAUAAUACAUUUGUAAUUAUAAAAGUUCUUGAGUGGAAAUAUAGUUAGUGUUCAUUCCUGUAUACGCAAGCGAUACAUUUGUUGGCAGCGAUUACUAAUAAAACAGUGUUCAAUCUUUCGCUUAAUGACUAUAACUCUUCGGAAGGGAUACGUAACGGGAAUUUUCAACAUUCUUUUCUUACAGUGUAUGGUGUUAAAACUGAUUUUUGCAACUGAAUGAUGAUUUGUUAAUCAAGAUAUACAUUUAGACUUUGUAAAAAUGGGUAAAUUGAUAGCGUUUGACAUUGUUUUGAAUAAUAAACAACCGGUAUACAUUGCCGGGCAAAAUAUUGAAGGUCAUGUGACAUUGGAAUUAAGUGACGUCAUGAAAAUGAGAGGUGUGAAGUUAGAGUUUACAGGCCGUGCUUACGUACAUUGGACAGAACAACACAGCACUGGUUCUGGAAAGACGAGACGUACAGAGACGAGGCAUUACUCGGCGACAGAAAUCUAUUUUAAUUUUGAAUUCCUAUUAUUUGGUCCUGGUACUGGUUCCACAUUGCUACAGGCCGGUCACCACACGUUCCCCUUCACAUAUACAUUACCACAAAAUCUACCUUCUUCAUAUGAGAGCAGCAUAGGAAAUGUUCGGUACCAGCUCAAGGCUAAAAUAGACAAACCCUGGAAAUUUGACCAUAAAACAAAACGGAUGAUCACAGUAAUCAGCAUGUUAGACUUGAACCAGCAACCGGCAGCAGCCGCAGCUGUGCAAGGCCAAAACUCGAAGAACUUAUGUUGCUUGUGUUGUAAGUCCGGGCCAAUAUCGGCCGUAUUUCACGUGGACAGAGCCGGAUACGUUCCAGGUGAUACGGUAUUCUUGAACGCAGAAAUAAGUAAUAAUUCAUCACGGAGGAUGUGCGCGUCCAGAGUCAAGCUUAUUAUGAUCACCUCAUACCAUGCAACGACCAAAACCAGAACAGAUUUUAAAUGCGUUGCCUCGCUUUCGAGAGGAGAAAUACCACCUCACGGAGAUGACGUAUGGUCAGGUGACCAAAUGAUAAUUCCCGCCAUUCCACCGUCGUAUCUUGUCGGAUGUAGUAUCAUUGAUAUCAGAUAUAUCCUACAGCUUGAGGUAGAUCCAUCAGGGCCGGCAUUUGACCUCGAAGUUCCUCUUGAGAUAAUCAUUGGUACGAUCCCGUUACGCCAAGUGGUCCAGAGAUAUUAUCCACAAUGGCAACCACCACCGGCACAGCCAGCAAGAGCAGAACCAUCGGCUCCACCCGCUGUCACACCACCGGACUUGCCACCACCAUCCUACGCAGAAUGUGUGUUCGGAAAAGUCACGAUUGGCGAAGAUGAUGACGAUAACGAACACAUGGGCGGGGACAAAAUAUUUGCCCCAAGUUACACAUACUAUGAUUGGUCAAAAUCUUCGUUUAAAUAAAGGAAUUAUGUGUGCUUAGAAAAAAAGGAGAAAUUGUUGAUUCUUAAAGACUCAAAGAAACUGCGAGCACAAAAUAAUCGCAGAUAUUAAAUUAAGUAAACGUUUUGGAAUACUUUUUUCCUAUUAAAAGCAAUGCAAUUAAUUUACAUGUUCCAUUUCUUACACCAUAUGUAACAGUAGUGUAGCAACCUACAUAUUCACAGGAAUUGCCCGGUACUUAAGUCCGAACUAUUUGCAUGAUUAGGUCAGCAAAGUGUUUUUGAACAGUUGUGAAACAACGAAUUAUUCAGUAAACAGUUGACAUUGUAUACGUUUUUCUUCGUCAAAAUAGCAGACAAUAUCACAUGAAUUAUUCAUUCACAUUGACAAAACAAAAAAACAUCAACAAACAACAACAACAACAACAACAAUAAACAACAACAAAAACACAGUCAUUAUUGUUGUAUGAAUAAGUUUAUGUCAAAAAGUCAAGAUCAUACAAAUUAUUCAGUGUUACAUAACAGCGAGUAUUGUGUUAUAGGAAUCAUUUAAUGUAAAAUGCCGUUCAAUAUUUUAUGAAUAAUUUAUAAUUAAAUACAGUCAAUGUUCAAUGAAUUUAUUCUUCAAGAGUCUUUAUAUGAUCCCUAUUAAGAUCCAUCAUUAAAUAACUGUACAUGAUAUUUGAAUCAUUGUUUUAAAACAGUCAAUGUUAUAUGGAACAUUCGUUAUUUAUACUUGUUAGUCUUACAUGACUUAUUCCUUGUUUUAUAACAGUC